AUGGAAUGGUCACUUGCGCAGGAUGUUUCUGGUGUAGCUUCUUCCUCUGCACAUGUCUCUACAGAUUUUUCUACUGCACAUUGCUCUUGGCCUCUUGUUCGGUAUGUCAAAUGUAAUUUUGAUGCUUCAGUGCCUUUAUAUGGUCAAGGUGUAGGAUUGGGUUGGAUCUUACGGGAUCACUAUGGCCAUUCUAUUCAUACUGGUAUGGUUUACCAGGAAGGCAGUUUUAAUCCCCUUAUUGCUGAAGCCUUAACAGCGAGAGAGGUUCUCCUUUGGCUCAAGUCAAAUCAGUUUCAUCAUGUUGUGUUGGAGAUUGAUGAUUUACUGCUUGUGAAUGCUAUAACUACAUAUGCCUUAGAUUUCUCUUAUUUGGGUCUUUUAGUUCAGGAUAUUAAAAACCUGUUAUCAGAGAUUGAUGAUGUUUCUAUGGUUUAUGUUAGAAAAUAUGUGAAUUAG